CUGGACCAUCUGAUCUGUAAGUGUUAGUUCUAGGAGACACUGACUGAACUAGAGAGCAGAAGAAGGUCCCAGAGAGGAGAGAGAGGUCUGAGCACAACAAAGCAAGCAAACAGCCGCAGCAGGAAGGGAUGAAGAUGGGUGGAGGAGCUGCACAGAGCUGCUGGCUGCUGCUCACACUCUCUCUGAAAGGUAUUCUUGCUGGUGAUUGGUCAGUUCAUCUCCCCUCCAGUCCUAUCUGUGCUGUGAUUGGUUCCUCUGUGGUUCUCCCUUGUUCCUAUGACUACCCCCAAAGUCCUAAUGAAACCAGGGAAGAGGGGCAGCUUUCUGCUCAGGGCGGAGGACAACAGUACAAAGUUUUGUCUGAGAUGUGGUGUCUUGAAGACAGCCGCUGUAUCACACAAAGAUAUGUCUUCCACAGUGACGGUAUCUUCCCAGAUCCAUCCUACCAGAACAGGGUGGAGUACCUGGGACAACCAGGGACAAAAAACUGUUCUCUGAGGAUUUCUGAUGUGAAACAGUCGGACAGUGGAGCAUACGUGUUUUACCUCAUCACCAGCCACCCGACACAGAAGAUGCCAGAGCAGAGAGGUAUACAGCUGCUGGUGGCAGAAGCAUCCAGCGCAGUCUCAGUGUCAGCAAGUCGCUCCAGUGACAUCACUAAGGGCGAGGCAUUACAUCUGGUCUGCUGCAGCCCUGCGGCCGGUCCACAGGCCCGUUUCAGAUGGUACAAGAGCACGGGCACCAGCCCAAGACACACUGGACAGGUGUGGGACAUCAGUGAGGUUACGUCUGAUGACUCUGGCAGCUACUACUGUCAGAUACAGACUGGAGAUAAAGUGCAGAACUCUACAAUGUUGCCCAUUGAUGUAGAGUACUCUCCUCAAAACACACUGAUCUCAAUCUCUCCUGCUGGAGAACUACAGGACAGUCUUCCUGUGACUCUGACCUGCAGCAGCGAUGCUAACCCACCUGUCCUCACAUACACCUGGUACCAGGGAGAAGCGUGUUUCUCUACAUCAGACAAAACCUUUCAUCCAGGCAGACAAGCCCUGGCUACGCCCACAGGAAGAGGCCCGACAUUCAGCAGUGCCAACAUCACCGCUGAGGAAUAUGGGCUGCACUGCUGUGUGGCAUGCAACAGACAUGGAUCACAGACUAACAUUGUAACACUCAUAAGCUCUAAAGCAAUGACCCCGUCUGACUCUUCAGGAAGCAGACUGGUGUUUAUCGGGGUGACCAUUGGUAUUCUACUAGCUAUUGUAGCCUUAGUGGCCUGUCUUGUAACAAGGAGACGGAAGACAUCCAGACACCGGUCGUAUGUCCUCACCGAGACAACUGCUACAGCACCUUAAGACCUGGACUUAUUCCGCACAAAGUACAAACAUCCUACAACCACCAAAAACCCAAUAGACACCCAAAACUAGUAUUGCAUCACAUGCUGUAGCACAUUUUGUAGACAUUUUGCUUAAUGACUGAAAUCAUGUACACAGAAGAAGAACUUUUCCAAGACUGAUGAUGGCAGCGCUGUGAGAACCUGAAGAUCAUGUGACAGACAUUACUGUACAUCCAAGCAACCAGGACACAACACUGAAAACCCUCCUAGAUUUCCAUGCACUGAGCUGAAUGAGGAUAAACUUGGCUGACUUGGGCUUUAAGAGAGUAACUGCUUGAUUUUAAAAUUGACGUUGUGAAGUGAAGCAAACGUGUGGGUGUAUUUGUAUUCUGUUUGUUUAAGUGCUGUUGUGCUGUGGGAUAAUACAGUCAGGAAUUAACCCUCUACUUUGUUCUUGCUGUUGCAGUGGCGGAUGUGAAUUUGAAUACACCCUCCACGGUUCAUCACAUAUGAAAACUCCAGAGACAUCUGGAGUUGUUGUUAGUACUGAUACUUUGGCUGGAUUUUAACAGCACAUUACAUAGUGCCCCACAUACUGUAUAAGCAAUGUCCAAAAACAGACAACACUGAAGAAAAAAAUACAGUAAUAAUGAUCCAAUUAAAAGCUGUCAGCAGUC